UCUUGGUUUCUUGGCCGCUUUCUUUGCCUCCAUUUGUUCCAUCUUUAAACCUCGGUCUGUCAUCUGCUCAUAAUAUCUGGUAUUUAUUAGUGAGCUAAUUGGUACUACUUGCAAGGCCCAAUCAAGCCUAUUUCUGUCUGUUUGUUUUCUUCUAUUGUCUCAAUUAUCUGUGUUAUUUUCUGCAGUCCCUUAGAUUCUGUUUCUCGUGCUAUAUAAGUAGGCAACCUCUCUUCCCUCGCCAUCAAACUUCUCCUCUACCGCAACCACUUCUCGCACUUUCAACAAUAACCAGUAGGAUCAAGUGAGCUAGCAACUUCCAAGGCUUCUAGCAACACUGAACAGUCGCUGUACUUCUAGGCAAAACGUUGCUUGUCUAGUUGUAUCCCCUCAUCUGAGAUCUCUCGGUGUACGUGACGUUCUUGCCUCGUCAAUGUGUCCUCCGCACGAGCGGCGGCCCAGAGUGGCAUCUCAUUUCGUCCUGCUGGCCUGCCUCGUCUUGCUCGCGCCAACUCGCGUCGCCGGCGCUGGCAUGCCGGCGACCUUCAUCUUCGGCGACUCGCUCGUCGACGCCGGCAACAACAACUACAUCGUCUCCCUGUCCAAGGCGAAUUACCCCCCGAACGGCAUCGACUUCCUCGGCCACCAGCCCACCGGCCGGUACACCAACGGCCGGACCAUCGUCGACAUUCUAGGGCAAGAGAUGGGGCUGGGAGGGUUCGUGCCGCCGUACAUGUCCCCGGAGACCACCGGCGACGCCUUGCUGAGAGGCGUCAACUACGCGUCCGGCGGCGGAGGCAUCCUGAACCAAACCGGCAGUAUCUUCGGCGGGCGCCUGAACUUGGACGCUCAGAUCGACAACUACGCCAACAGCCGGCACGACCUGAUCGCCCGGCACGGGGAGGUGGCGGCGGUGAGCCUGCUGCGGGGCGCGCUCUUCUCGGUCACCAUGGGCUCCAACGACUUCAUCAACAACUACCUCACGCCCAUCCUCUCCGUGCCGGAGCGCGCCUCGACGCCGCCGGCCGCCUUCAUCGGCGCCAUGAUUGCCAAGUACCGCCAGCAGCUCGCGAGGCUGUACCUCCUGGACGCCCGCAAGGUCGUGGUGGCGAACGUGGGCCCGAUCGGCUGCAUCCCGUACCAGAGGGAGACGAACCCGUCGGCGGCCGCGGCCUGCGCCGAGUUCCCGAACCAGCUGGCGCGGUCCUUCAACCGGCGGCUGAGGGCCCUGGUGGACGAGCUGGGCGCCGCCCUCCCCGGCUCCCGCUUCGUCUACGCCGACGUCUACCACAUCGUCUCCGACAUCAUCGCCAACUACAGAUCCCACGGUGUCGUGAAAGAAUCGUUUGGAGGCUGGGAAAAAUGCUGUGAGAUCAUUGUGAUCUUAUCGAUUUCGCUGCUCUCGUUCGUGCAGGGUUCGAGGUGGCGGACUCGGCGUGCUGCUACGUGGGCGGGCGGUUCGGCGGGCUGGUGCCGUGCGGGCCGACGUCGCGGUACUGCGCGGACAGGUCCAAGUACGUGUUCUGGGACCCCUACCACCCCAGCGACGCCGCCAACGCGCUCAUCGCCCGCCGGAUCCUCGACGGCGGCCCAUCGGACAUCUCGCCGGUCAACGUGCGCCAGCUGAUCAUGGCCUGAAGCACUGAACUGAAUCGAUCGAUCGCCGCUUCGGCUAUUGUUAGCUGCUUGUUCAGAUUCGUUUUCUAGUCCAAUAGAUUAGUUCGGGGGCUAAUUUGGCCUCGAUCAGUGUAACGUCACUCGUGCAGUCGUGCUUAGCUAGGUAGGAUAGAUGAUCUGUGAGUGACGCCGCAACGGUGUUCUUUUGUUUAUUCUCAUAGCUUCGUUCUCGUAUUCCUUUGGACUUCUUGUUGCAACGUGAGCUAGUGACAUGUUUGCUGGUCAGAACAAAUUAAAGUUGGUGGA